CCUACCGUCAAUCACACAACUGAUCUCCGACAGGGAAUUCGCAGUGAUAUCAAGCUCCCCAUUCAAGGACUCCCGCACACGUUGAACUCGAACCUGUCAUUGAGAAGAAGUCGAGAUUCAGGUUGUUGCUCGCUCGGAUUUCAGUAUCAUCCAUUUGUCUCCUCGCUUUCAGUCAUCAUCUCGGAGAGAAUAUAGAGACACACAGUCUGACGUCUGAUUUUGCAUCAACUCAUUUUUCGGAUAUUAUCCUUCGCUUGAUCGUGGUGAUCAGAAUCAGCAAGAUGCUGCCUGAGCAUACCCAUCAUCAGCAGGCUGCUACUGGAGCAGAGAUGCUGCUGGCCGACGAUCGACAAACUCUCCUGCAACAUAUCAGUGAUAAUGUUAUUGGUGGAGAUUCAACGUUUACAGGACCUUUUGGAGAAAAACAAGUUGUCUACUGCGACUAUACUGCAUCAGGAAAACCACUGAGAUUUAUUGAGAAUUUUCUAGCUGAUAACGUCUAUCCAUUCUACGCCAAUACCCACACCACCACUACCAUCACAUCUAAACAGACAACAAGAUUCAGGCACGAAUCGAGAGAAAUCAUCAAACAAUGCACAAAUUGUGGAGAAGAGGACGCUCUUAUAUUCACAGGCAGUGGGUCGACAGGAGCAAUUCAUAAACUCAUCAAUGUUAUGGAAAUGCAAGGAGAACGAGCAAGAAAUACAGUAGUACUGGUUGGGCCAUUUGAACACCAUUCCAAUAUCCUGCCCUGGAAAGAAAUAGGAGCACAGGUCGUGAGAGUUCAGCAGACGAUAGAAGGACUUGUUGAUCUGGAUGACAUUGAGUCUAAAUUAAAAAUAUUUACACAGACACACCAACAUGUGUUAGGAUGUUUCUCAGCAGCGUCUAAUGUUACAGGCAUCAUCACAGAUACCAAUGCUGUCUCUGCCUUACUCCACCGGUACAACGCCCUCUCCUUCUGGGACUACGCCACGGCAGCACCUUAUCUGGAUAUCGACAUGAAUCCGGUCGGUUAUGAGAAAGAAGUGGAUUGUUCCAAAGAUGCCGUGUUCGUUUCCACGCACAAGUUUGUCGGUGGAGUCGGCACACCAGGUAUUCUGAUCGCAAAGAAGAAGCUGUUCGUUAACAAUGUACCUCAUGCUCUAGGUGGAGGAACUGUCCAUUACGUGUCAAGGAAGAUGCAUCACUAUCUGAAAGACAUAGAGGCAAGAGAAGAGGGUGGUACACCAGCCAUCAUUGAAUCGAUUCGGGCUGGUCUCGCCUUCCAAGUCAAACAGGCCGUCGGACCUGACUUUAUCGAAGAGCGAGAGGAAGAGUUGGCACGACGAGCUUUUACAAGAUGGCAGCACAAUGAGAAUCUGAUUGUCCUUGGCAGCCGGGAGGUGGCGCGCUUGCCAAUCUUCUCCUUUCUGAUCCGUCAUCCACAGACGGGCAAGCUUCUCCAUCAUAACUUCAUCGCCGUGCUCCUCAACGAUCUCUUCGGCAUCCAGGCGAGGGGAGGGUGUGCCUGUGCGGGACCCUAUGCACAUGACUUGCUAGGAAUCACAGAGGAAAACGCCUUGAAGUUUUUUGAGCUGAUUCGUGAAGAUAGGAAGAACAAAUGUAACGAAGAGCCUCUGGAAAGUGUCAGACCUGGAUUUGUGAGAAUAAACUUGCCUUACUUCGCUCCUGAUGACGUCAUCGAUUACGUGUUGACAGCUGUCGACCUCGUAGCUACACAUGGAUGGAAAAUGCUUCCCCAGUAUCACCUUGAUGUACAGACCGGUUCCUGGACUCAUCGUCAAUGGAAAGACACAGAAAGUGGUCCAGGUUACCAGAGCCUCUUCCACAUCAACUAUCAACAAGGAUCCUUCAAUUUUCAAGGCGCCAAAGAGACCUCUCCUGUCUGUCAUCAGAAGAUGUCGUUCAUGGCCUAUCUUGAGCUAGCCAUGGAAGAGUUCGAUAAAGCAGAGAGCGGUCACAUGGCAUGUGAAUCCUUAAACGAUGAAGAGGUCAUCCUAGCUGAUUACCAGCAGUUCUUAUGGUUCCUUCAACCCUGUGAGGCUGCCAGUUCUCUUAUGGCUCUCUCCUGGAGUGAUCAUGAAGCCAUGGUUGAAGAUCAAGACCGAAACCUCGACGUACCAUCAGAAGACGUCCUUGUAGGCAGUAUCGACGCCCUCUACUGGCAAGAGGAUGGUUCCAACGUCCAUUCUUAUCCUGACGAAGUAGCCACGGUACCCACCGAUAUGAAGCCUUUGAGAUCACCACCACCCAUUGCGCCAGUGACUUACGGAUGGGUUCCUUCUUCGCCUUACUAUGAUGACACUGCCGUUGUACCUGACAGGGAUUCCAUGAUGACAUUCUCUUUCCAGGACAACUACAAUCUCUAUGGUAGCGACGUCACGUCUCAUGGUGGUACCUACGGCAACUGGGUGGAACCUCACAAAGCUGAUGAUAUCGGUUACGUGAAGGGGAUUGACGACCACGGGGUGACCACUGGUGCUACUAAAGGCUACGACUAUCGACGGGUCCAUAGUCACGAGAGUGGGUACAGCACUGAUGAUGAAGUUUAUUGAGCAAUGCGGUGGUUUGGAGGUUCUACCUUUUCUGGUACAUGUAUUUGUGGCAUGUAUCCAUAUACAAGGUCAGACCUCAGCCCUUUUUUGCAGAUUUACUUCUCUUUUGCACUAGCUUUUGUUGCUAAUUUGCUUUGCAGAAUUGCUUUUUAAGCGCCUGACGAAAAGAAGCACAUUGAAGUUAUAUCAACCGAUACUUUUGCUUGCGAAUUAUUGGUUAUGACGUCCUUUGAGGACCGUGCUUGUGAAACCAUCGCAUUUUGUUACAUAUUACUGUUGUGUACAGUUUUUAUUUACAGUUGCGUUGUGUUAUUAUUUGCUUUGAUGUAGAGGGAAAGUAGAACAAAGUGCUUGCUUAUAGUGUCUUUUAAAAUGUACACCGUCACACUUUGUGCCUCUGAGGUUCUCGAGUCCAAAUGCGCAGUGACAAAGUGGCAUUUCUUCCCCAACGAUUUGUAAAUGAAUGUUACAUUUCAUAACGACGACGCAAGAGCGUCUUGUUACUGAUAAUUAUUUCCUUUCAACCCCUCUCUCGUGGCUAAUACCGAUACCAAGGCCCCAAUAAGCACAGUAGAAGAGAGAAGGGAUCAUAUAAAUACCCUACCAGGGCUUAAAGGUUUCCAUGGUUACUGUUCUGUUGUAAAUACUGGACAUGUAUAUUCGGGAGUUAUUCUACGGUGUUCUUAAGGGGAAAUACUAAACCAAAACAUGUGUUUUAAAAGCACUUUGUCAAACCUAAAUGUUAUUUAGAUAUAUUCAAUAUAAAUUUCUGUACCAAAUAUAAAUAAGUUUGUCAUUUACAAUUUGUGAUAGUCACUUUUUUUUGGCGGGGGGG